CGUCAGAAGGGCAUUUGGGCCUGUGGGACUAUUCGGAGCAACCGGGUGGGCUUCCCACGGUCAAUUAUCAACAGGCUGCCCAAAAAUGCCCCCCGUGGGAGUAUGCGCUGGAUUCGGGACGAUGAUCUGCUAUUUGUAGAGUGGAAGGACACAAGAGAAGUUGUCAUGUGUUCGUCCUUUCAUUCUGCAAAUGGAGAUCGCACUGUCCAAAGAAAAGUCAAAACAAGAGACCAAGGAUGGGUGCAGAUGUCAGUUCCAAUUCCUUCUGUUGUUUCUGACUACAACAAGAACAUGGGAGGAGUGGACCUCUCUGAUGCCCUCAUCAGUUACUAUACUGUUCUCCGCAAGACCAGAAAAUGGUACAGGUCUCUGUUUUACCACUUGAUAGAUAUUGGAGUGGUAAAUGCAUUCAUCCUCCACCAACAAAUGGCUGCUUUACGGAACCAGAGGCCAAAAACACAGAAGGAAUUCAGGGAAGCACUGGUCCUGGAACUUGUGGACUGGAUUCCUCACAACCAAACCAGUUCUGCUGCUCCUGCACCAGCUCCUCAAAGUAGGCAGGACACCACAGGCCACCACAGGCCGAAGCAUAUUGAUGGAUCCAGGAGAAGAUGCAAAGUGUGCCAUCAAAAGACUUCUGUGUUCUGCAAUGACUGUGGUUCCUUCUUUUGUUUCUUUCCAAUGCGAGAUUGCUUCAAUCCUUAUCAUGAUGAUUUAUAGUUGUGUAGCAGUAAUUGUAAGAAGUUGUAAAUAGUUUAUAAAUAGUUCAAAAUAUGUAAAUAGUUUUAGUUUCUAAUAUAUGUGCCAGUUUUGUGAUAUUUUUGUUUCAUUCUCCU